AUGUAUCGUGCAUCAGGUUAUCUAAAACUGUUCUCAACUGUAUGCGCCUUAACAUUUAUUUUGCUAAGUGGAUAUCAUCACUGUGCGUACGAGAAGGAGAAUAAAAAUGUAGAUUUCUUUUCCGAGGCGCACGAGCUCCUUGACCAGGGGGAGUACGCGAAGUCCUUCGCCUUCCUGAGGACAUGCGUGCAUUACGAUAUAAGGUGCCUAACGUUGAGCGGAGUGUUCUACUACCUGGGGUUAGAACCCGUGGAGAGAGACGUUAUCAACGCGCUGUACAUAUGGAAGGUGUGCGCAGACUAUGGGAGCGCUGAUGCGCAGUUCUACCUAGGAAUUAUGUACUCUAAUUAUUUCUCCCUGCCAAACUUGUAUUCCUACUAUGUGGAGGAGUCGAAAAUUGAGGACACCUUCGUUUUGUGGAGAGUGUAUCUUCGUUUGGAAGGGGUCUAUUUGAGGAGAAGCGUGAUUUACUGUUUACGAGGAGAAGGCGCUAAAUGCCAGGUGCGGGAGAAAGAUGAAGAGGAAAAUGCAAAAGACACCAGUGAAGAUGGACAGAUAUUUAGAACACCCCCAGUGGUGACACUCACAAAAAACAACAAACUAACUGUGAAGGUAAAAAAUAUUAGAUAUAACACAGAUGAAUUAAAAUGGUACUUUGACAAUAUAGAGAAUUUUCCCAAUAGGGAUUACCUGGAAAAAAAUGAAAAGAAAGUAAAUUUCACGAGGAAUCAUAGCUUAAGUUUGCUAUAUUUGUACAGUAGUAGUUUGGCUAAGCAUCCAGGAAGUACUUUAUCCUUAGGAAUAAGAUACAUGAAUGGUUAUGGUGUGGAGAAAAAUUGCGAAACUGCAUCUAGAUACUUUCUAAAGCUAACGAGCGAGAUCAUUAAUGCAGAUAAUAGAACCCAUUUCGAAAUGACUGAUUUGAUCAAGCUAAGUAUACCUCAUUAUGAUCAGUACAAUAUGAAUAAUAGAAAAAUUAAAAAUAUAGAACUGUUUCUAGAAACGUCUCUACAUGAUAACCACAGAAUUCUAACAAUGAUUGCACGUAGGUACCUCAUAGGAAUAGACGGGGUAGAAAGAAAUUACAAGAAAGCACUUGCCUAUCUAACCAGAGCAGCAAAAUAUGAUAACUCCGAGGCCAUAUCCUUAUUAGGGUAUAUUCACCUGCUAGGAUUAGGUGUAAAAAUUGACUAUAGUAAAGCUACUGAUUAUUUUAUUAGGGGGAAUAAGUUAAAUGACCCCUUGAGUUAUAAUGGGUUAGGAUAUAUACAUUUCUUCGGUUUAGGUUCUUUUAAAAAGAAUACUCAUUUGGCAUUUUACUACUUCGACUUAGCCGCAAAGAGUAACUUAUCAUCGGCACAGUUUAAUCUAGCGUGCCUAUAUUUAAGUGGUGUCGGAAUUGCACAAUCUUUCCAUAACGCUUUCUACUGGUUCUAUAAAGCGCUAAAUAAUGGUAAUGUGCUAGCUGCGUAUACUGUAGGGUUUAUGCAUUACAAUGGGAUCAUCAUCAACAGAAAUUGUAAAGUAGCUUUGUCCUUGAUGGCUAAGGUAGCCGAAAAUAACUCGUUCAUUUUGAGCACCUCAAAUAAAAUUAUUAGAUAUACAGAAAAAGGCAGAAUCAAGGAGGCUUUGUUCCUUAUGGCACAACUCGCCGAAACGGGUAACGUCCAGGCACAGAUUGGCAUAUCUCAAAAUAUUAACAAUUCUAAGUUUGCUCUGUUCUUACCCGCCAAUGAUAAAGCAAAGAAGGUUUAUGCCAGCAGGUACCUCGCCAUGGCAUCAGAGAACAACGACUUUAAAUCCCUCUUCACUCUUGGAGAUUACGCCUAUCAGGGACAUGGCUUGUACGUACGCAUAUUUCCCAAGAACGGUUUGCCUUUUGACGAGCUCUACGAUGUGAACCGUGACGAGUAUCUCUUCCGCUUCGAUGCAGCCAAGCAGACAAAAAAGGAUGAACAGUUUGACGAGGUUAAGAAGGAUAAGCAGUUUGUCAUGGCGACCAGGGCUAUGACAGAUGAAAUAUCGAGUCUAGACACUCCCCCGAACGAAAUAUACUCUGCAGACUUCGUUGACGAACAAGGCCUUAUCUUUAACGACCGUUGGCGAUUCAACUACGGAUUAAAGUUCUCCUUCAACGAGGUAGAUUACAACCUAGCCUAUCACCAUUACAAAAGCAUUAUUUCGCACUACCCCAACAAUUUUUAUGUGAUCCAAACCAUAUCAAAGGCCUGCUACAACUUAGGCUUCAUGCAUUACUACGGAAUAGGGGUGGCCAAAAAUAUUCAGAAGGCCCUAGCCUAUUUCAAUUCCUCUAUUAAAAUUUACCCCACGCAUAAGGCCCCCUCCGUUCUGUUUGUGCUCUAUAUAAUGUUUAACAAGCAUUUGUAUAACUUCAAAAAGAAGUUUAAGCACCUCAAGUGGUUCUUGCCCCUGUAA